UCGAAUUAGGGUUACUGCUUCCAUUCAAUUGCUUUGAUAUCUUCCCCAAUUCAUGAUCACUCUCAAGAAUUUUUAGUGUGUGGGGAGUUUCGCUAUGGAGAUACAGACAUGUGGUAAGCCGAUUGAUUCGUUGUUGGAGAAAGUGCUUUGUAUGAAUAUACUAUCCUCUGAUUAUUUCAAAGAGCUUUACCGUUUAAAGACUUAUCAUGAAGUCAUUGAUGAAAUUUACAAUCAAGUUGAUCAUGUUGAGCCAUGGAUGACUGGGAACUGUCGUGGUCCUUCUACUGCAUUCUGCCUUCUUUACAAGUUUUUCACCAUGAAACUUACUGUCAAGCAAAUGCAUGGGAUACUGAAGCACUCUGAUUCUCCUUACAUUAGAGCAAUUGGAUUCCUCUACUUGAGGUAUGCUGGUGAUCCAAAGACUUUAUGGACUUGGUUUGAACCAUACAUUAAAGAUGAAGAGGAAUUCUCCCCUGGGUCUAGUGGACGAACGACCACCAUGGGGGUAUACUUGCGUGAUUUGCUUCUUGGACAGUACUACUUUGAUACUCUUUUCCCUCGAAUCCCUGUUCCUGUGUUGCGUCAGGUUGUAUCCAAUCUUGAGAAGAUGAAGCUGCCUACUAAGACUUCUGGUUCAACAGGGGAUAAUAGUCGCCAUGGAUCUGAUGACACUGCUCGCCGCCCGCCUUCUGUAAAAGCUGCACUUUCUGUCUCUUUUGGUCAGCGUGCCCCCCAUCGGGCAACAACCAGGGACUCUUCUCCUGUGCGUCGCACUCUACCACCACCACCACCUUAUGACAGAUCCAAUGGUGAUGAUGUAAGAAGAUCUCCCAGCCACCGUCACAGCCAAAGCCGUGAUAGGGAAUAUUCUGACAAGGAUAGGGAAAGGGAAAGAGAGAGGGGCAGGGAACAAGACCGGGAUUGGGAUCGUGACCGUGAUAGGCAACGAGAUAGAAGCAGGGACCGAUAUCGUGACCGUGAUCGUAAUAGGGACAGGGACAGGGAUAGGGAACAAAGGCAUGAUUAUGAUCGAAGGUCAAGGUACAUGGAUAAACGGGACACUGAUGACAGUAGGCGUUACAGGAGCAGAAGCCGAGACAUCGAUGACGGUAGACGUUACAGGAGCAGAAGCCGAAGUCCCAGCAUGAGCGGAAACAGGAGCAGAAGCCAGAGUGAGCAAGGCGGCAACAGUCAUUAUGAUCCACCACAAAAGGAGGGAAGCAAGGCAUCCAGUAAUUUGGCGAAGCUGAGGGAUCUUUACGGUGAUACAAGUGAUACAAAGGGAGAUGGCGGUGGCUAUGGAAGGGCAGCAAACAGGGACAGCAGUGGAGAAGAGGUGAUUAGACUAGGUGGUUCUUCUUGGAGAUAGUGCAUUGGCAUGUAUGUAUGUUAUUCCAUUCAUGCAGAGCACCAAACCAAUUCAGGCAAGAAAAAGAAAAAGAAAAACACUGGGUGAACAUUUUGUUUCUGAACAUUGUGCUAUGCCCUGGCUAGGAUGGAUGGAUAGAUGCAAUCAUGGUCUCGCC